AUGCAUGAUAUCUUUGCUGCUGCAGCAUGGGCUUCACCAUAUGCUUUUGAAUACGAAGGGGAUCGGAAUGAAGCACAAGAGAGACAUGGCCAUGGAAAAGCAAGAUUGCCAAAUGGAGAUACCUAUGAAGGGCAAUAUGAACAUGGAAAAAGACACGGACAGGGAAUUUACAGAUUUAAAAAUGGAGCAAGGUAUAUUGGCGAAUAUUCCAUGAACAAAAAGCAUGGGCAAGGCACUUUCUUCUAUCCUGAUGGCUCAGUCUAUGAAGGUGCCUGGGCAGAAGACCAACGACAUGGGCACGGAGUAUAUCGUUACCCAAAUGGAGAUAUUUAUGAAGGAGACUGGUCCAGUCACAAAAGACAUGGACAAGGAACUUAUACAUACGUAGAUACUGGUUCUAAAUACCAAGGCACAUGGACAAAUGGGAAACAAGAAGGAGCAGGGGAGCUUAUUCAUCUUAAUCACAGGUACCAGGGAAAUUUUGCUAGCAACAACCCUACAGGACCUGGAAAGUACAUUUUUGACAUUGGUUGUGAGCAGCACGGUGAAUACCUACAAGUAGAACAGGAUAAAGCAGAGGUAGAGGAAGAAGAAGAACCACUCUCAGUGACAGUGCUAAAAUGGAAAGCUGAGAAGGUUACAGGUCUAACUCUAUGGACAUCCCCUCCAGGAACUAGGAAAGAUACUAUAGAGAAAAUUGAAUUGAAAGAAAAUGAGCCAUUGGUCAAAGAAGUAAAUGCAAAUGAGAGUUUACAUCCAGCUGACAUGGAACCUAAGGUAGACAGUGAAGCCACAGAAAUCCCCAAUGUACAAGAAGAAGAGAGAAAAGAAUGAUUUAUUGCUGUAGCUACUACGAUAUGUGAUAAAAUUAUAAAGCAGGUUAACAAGUUUAGUAUUCAGCUUUGAAAUGAAAGACUGCUUUCAGGUUCAUAUAUCUGAACUAUUAAUUUGUCACUGGAAUCUUCAUGUUGCCGAAGUAGUUUACUUUCUCCCUUGUUAAAUAAAGUAAAUCAUCUUACAAUUUUGCCUUCACCAUUCAUCAUGGGUUGCGGGAGCACCUGCAAAGGCUUAGUAUUUGCCUGAAAAAAAUGGGUUAAAACAUUUAAGCUGAUGGGGGUAAGCUGGUGAGACAAAUGCCUCCAUCUUUGUAGACCACCUAUUACAUGGCACCUGAGGGAAAGCCAGUAACAAAGACCAAACCUUCCAUCACUUCUAUUUUUCCCAUUGCCUGGAAGAGUAAUAUCUAUCAUUUGAGAAACUUCAAAUGGCAGGGCAAGCUGAAAUUUUCCAUGAUGUCAUUCUAUUCUUUCUAUUCUUUUUUUAUUCAUUGUCUUUUCAAAAUAGAAUAUUGCAUCUAUGUGUAGAUAUGCAAUUUUCUUUAUUACAUAUGACCAUAUCAGUUCAAAGCAAACACCAAAAGAAAUUGAGAACAAAUCCACACAACAUGACCCUUCUGUAAUAUGUGCUCUAUGAGACGCCUGCAAGAUUAAUCUAGUGCUGCAGUAUCACUUUUUCAAAAAUUUACAUCGUGUUUGUUGCAUGUGCCAAAAAUAAACAAGAACGUCUCAUUUCACAUUGUCUUGCAGGAGCCAAGAACAACACAUCAUAUAUACCCUUGGAUCCCCUGUUCAAGAGUACUACCUUUUGUAAAAUAAAAACGUAUCUAGCUACGUUCAGUAGUAAACCCGUCUGUAUAACAAUGGCAUUUCUACCAGUAUCUGAAAGAUGAAAGAGCAUCUCAGAACCACUGUUCCAUGCCCACUUUCCCCUUUCCAUUGUUCCUUUUCCUAGUGGCAUUAUCAUUUUUCAAACUACUGUGCUGUUAGUUUUGCUUUACUAAACCAGUAUGUCAAAAUUAAGAUUUCACAAGAGAAACUGUCAGAAGGAUACAGGUUCAAAAGUUUAACCCAGGUUGUUGUUAAAAUAAGCAGAACUUUACAAGCUUGUUUUUUUAAUACUGAAUUUCAAUGAUCUAAGAGUUCAUAUGAUUUAUUAACCACUCUGCCGCUUGAGAAAAGCUUAGUGAAAUCCAAUAAAACUGGUAAUGAGCCUUUGGUCUUCAAAUAUCUAAAUAGAAACAUCUCAAAGGUAUGCAAUUUCAAAAACCCUGAUUUUGAAAACUGCAGAAUGACAACCAUUGUGUGAUAAAUUACUUUCUCUACCUAAUGCAGAAUUUCCUUAAGAUUAUAAAGACUCUAAGUAUUACACGGGUGUGUGGCCCUCCAACAAGUGGGCUGAGUAGUGAUUGCCAGUUUGUAUUGCCCAAAACUUGAAAUUUCCAGUCAGUGUGCUUUCAAGUCUUGAGUUUGGAAAAUUUGUUUUGAAAUUGUCCAAUAAUUACUCUCCUCCAUGUGUCAUCAUAUGGUGGUGUCUAUCCCAUCACUAUGACUACUUAAAAGGUAACAUUACUAUAUUUUCCAUAUGCGCCACCUUACCAAAUGCAGAAACUCUCUGCAGCACUCUUUUCCUCCUCUGAGAAAGAAGAAUCAUUCAGUGUCUACUUAUAUUAUUUUGCAGACUAUUAAUAAGAGUUAUUUGGCACUGAUAAUAAACAGACCAUGCUUGCCCCAGUUCUGUACAUUAAGUGUAUUUGCUGUAGAAUAAAAGCAAGAAUGUAAUGCACUCCUCCAAAGAGUUAUUGCUUUGUGAAGCAGUUGCUAUUUGCAUGACUUCCUCCAGCUUCAUGCUCUCCGCUUCAUUGGGUUGCUAUUACUCAGAGCUCUAAUGGGAGACCGCUUUAUCCUUUGUCUUCACUUAAAUAGGUAGCUACCUCUCAAAGCAUGUGAUAGUUACCUUAAGACUAUAACAAUCCAGAAGGGUAGAAGAAACUUUCCUUUCCAAAAGUUCUUAAAGUCAGAUGGUCAAGUGAAUUCACUUGCCAAAGGAGUUUAUAGGAAUGCAGGAAUAAAGAAUAAAUCCUGACUUACUGCAGCAUUUUUUUUCAGUUUUAGUCUACUGUUCCCCAAAAAUGGAUGUUUGGCUGUCUAGAAAAAAAUAAGGACCAAAAUUGACUAAAUUGCUAUUAUCACUGUUAUAACUGCAUACUGUCGCCCUUCUGAUUGUAUAUGAAUUAGACUAUAUCUUUUUAACACAAAUUGGAUUAUUUUUUGUUAUGAUCUCUAUAUCAUAUCCCCACACACACAGCUCGCAGAUUAACUGUACUUAUGCUUCUAUUUUUGCUGUACACAUGCCCUGAGUCUUUGCCCUACAGUAGGGAUUUAGCCAUUAGUUGACAUUUAACCUUAUCUAAUUCAUUUACCAGAAUAGUAUUAUUGUGUUGCAUCACCUUUUACAUUGACAACUGUCAAUUACAAAAGCAAGUUCUGUCAUUGGUUUGCUAGGUUUUGUCUUUCCAUCAUU